CCGGCCGGGCUCAACCCCGAAACUCUGAAUAUCCCUGCUCCCAACUGUGGCCAAUGGACCACUAACCUCGAGUCUGUCUCUGAUGCAUUGGGGCUGACUGAUUCCCCGCCAUCCAUCCAUCCUUUCCCAUCGUUCGAGUCGGCCCGGCCUAAUCAGCGUCGAUACCAGCGAGCGGCCAUCGCGCCCUGGGACCAACCAUGGGUCUUGACCUUGGUUUCCCGCUUUGCUGCUGCCGAAGCUGCAUGUUCUACCUUGGCAGCCACAGUCCAGGGUAAAUUUGGUAUUCAUCGGGAUUGGGAAAACACAGCACGGGUUCCAGCACUAAUUCUUCCACGCUCGGUCCGCUUCACCGUUUGCUCUUCACCUUUUCUUUCACCUUCCCUCUCACAAAUUACAACCACUCUCACCAAUCGACGACAACACACAACUGGAUCGAUUUCUCAUACUGAGCCUUUCAUCAUGGGAUGGUUUGGCUUGAAGGGCGGGUGGCUCACCUUUUGGGUCACCAUCGCCUGCGCGACAGACAUGACACUCUUCGGCUACGACCAAGGCGUCUUCGGCGGCGUCAUCGUAACAGAUGACUUCCUCCAAACGAUGGGCAUCGUCGGCAACGACAAGCUCCAAUCCACCGUCACCGCAAUCUACGACAUUGGCUGCUUCCUCGGCGCAAUUUCCACCAUAUGGAUUGGCGAGCGCCUCGGCCGCAAGAACACCAUUCUCGUCGGCACCACAAUCAUGUCUAUUGGCGCCAUCCUGCAGACCGCCGCUUUUGGCCUCCCGCAAAUGUUCGUCGGCCGCGUCGUCGCGGGUAUUGGGAACGGCAUUAAUACCAGUACCGCGCCGGUGUGGCAGGGCGAGACGAGUAAGGCGAGUUGGCGAGGCAAGUUGAUUGUUAUUGAGAUGAUUAUGAACAUCUUUGGGUUCUCGCUGAGUAACUGGGUCACGUUUGGCUUCUCGUACCUCACCGGCUCCAUCUCGUGGCGCGUUCCCCUGGCCUUCCAGUUCUUCUUCAUCUUCAUCCUCUACGGCACCGUCCCCUGGUUGCCUGAGUCACCUCGCUGGCUCAUGGCUCAAGGCCGCGUCGCCGAAGCCGAACAGAUCCUUGCCGACCUGGAAGACAUGCCUGUCGACGAUGCUUAUAUCCAGACUCAGUCCAAGGACAUCCAGUGGGCCAUCAACUACGAAAGAGAGAAUACCGUCCCCUGGUCGGACCUCCUCCGAGGCCGGACCGGCGAGUCGUCGGGAACGUCCACCAUCCGGCGUAUAUUCCUCGGGUGUGGAACCCAGGCCAUGCAACAAUUUUCCGGAAUUAAUGUUACAAGUUACUAUUUGCCUCUCGUUCUCAUCAAUUCCGUCGGUUUGGACAAUAAACUAGCGAGGUUACUGGCGGCGUGUAACUCUGUCAGCUACUUCUUGUUCAGUUUGAUUGGAAUUCCCAACGUGGAGAGAUGGGGAAGGCGAAAGAUGAUGAUGUACGGUGCCUUUGGCCAAUUCAUGUGCUACGCCGUCAUUACCAUCUGUAUUCGUUACAAUGAAAUGGCUGGCCUGGCACCAGAGACGCAGUCCCAGUGGGCAAAGGCUUCAAUCGCCUUCUUCUUCUUGUACUACGUCUUCUUUGGCAUUUGCUGGCAGGGUGUGCCUUGGCUGUACCCCACCGAGAUCAACAGCUUGUCCAUGCGUACAAAGGGAGCCGCUCUCGGCACCGCAACAAAUUGGAUUGUCAACUUCAUGGUCGUCGAGAUCACACCACCAGGCAUCUCUUCCCUCGGCUGGCAAUUCUACAUCAUCUGGACAGUCUUCAACUUCUCCUUCAUCCCCAUCGUCUAUCUCUUCUACCCUGAAACAGCAGACCGCUCUCUCGAGGACGUGGACCGUUUCUUCGCAGACAACCAUGAUAUUUUCGUCUUCCGCGAUAAGGACGCCACGAGCUCAAAGCGGCCGAUGAAGUACAUCGCGCAGGAGGAGGAGGCGAUUACGAAGCGGAACAGUCGGGGCGGUGUGCCUGGCGGGGAGGAGGAGGAUAUGUUGAGGCGAAGAGGGGCUGUGGAGAAGAUGAAGAAGGGGCGUGAGGAUGAAGAGCUGGCGUUCGGAGAGCAUAAGGAGAGGAGAUAG